CCGCUUAUCAGCAUCACCCCUGAUAUCAAUCACGCCCCGACCAUGUCAAGCCCACCAAUUGAGCAAGCAAACCCUGAUCCAACCUUCAAUGACGAGGAUAAUAGUCCAUUUGGAAAUCAAGGGAUCGCCAGUUUGAUGAGCCAGCAUAACCUCGGCCCUACAAAGUCCCCCGACCCCAACAGUGACCCUGAUGAUGACGAUGACUCAGUUCUUCUCUACACCACUAACUCCAAAGCUGACCAAAAGUCAAGCAGCAAAGACAAGUAUCCUACCAGCCAAAUCAAUUUCGAGAGCAGAGUUAGCAAGCUACUCAAGUCCAAUGGAGUGGUUAAGAUCCAAAUUACAGAGGCUGGCAACUCGAAUGAAGGCAUGAACAAUUCUCUGAAGAAGUAUGUGGUGUAUACCAUCAAGCUUAUCAAUCAAAAGGACUCAAGCGAGGAGAUUUUGACCAGGCGAAGAUAUAGUGACUUCGAAAGUUUACGAGAGGUACUCACGAAGAUUUUCCCUCUUGUAGUAAUACCACCCAUUCCACCAAAGAAUUACGUGAACUUUAAGGUAUUGAACGGAUUCGGACACUCGCCCUUACAAACUCAUUUAACGCAAAGUAAUGGAAACGCAGGCAGCUCUCUUGCAAAUCAUAACAUUAACUCGUCCAAUUACCCCUACAUCAACUCAACACAUCUUAACAAAAACCGAUUAAUUGAGCACCGCAAAAGAUUAUUGGCAAACUUCCUUAAUAAUUGCUUGGAGAUUAACCAGAUUCGUAAUUUGGAAUUCUUUGCAAAGUUCUUGGAUCCCAAUUCAAACUGGUCCGAUGAAAUAAGUUUAAUCUCCAAUCAAUUACCCAAAUCUAUUUAUCAACUGAAUCCAGAAAAUGGUUUGAGAACUGAUCCAAUAUAUGCAAAUUUACCCAAUCCUUCAACGGGUCACAUGGGUUUCUUGAAAGAUAAUAGAAAAAAGUUGAAGGAGAAGACAAAUAAAAUUUUAAACAACGGAAUCACCACAAGUUCGAACAAUGAAUCUUCUUCUGAGCCAAGUACCAGCGCACAAAUUCCUGAAGGUUCCCCUGACUCAGAUUACAUAUUGAAUACUUCAUCGUUGGACUCUAUCAAUAAAAAGAUAAUGGAGAAUUUCAUAGGGUUGUCUAAUGACUAUACAGAGUUAGGAACUAUUUUCAAUUCUUUUUCCUUGGUUCUAACUGAUUCCGCUCGAGAUGUCAAAGGUAAAUUAUCCGAUGAUGAACCAAAAUUGAAUAUCAUUUUUGAUAAGAUAGGACAAGUCUUUGACCGCUCUUAUAUCACCAUAAAUGUUCUAAUCGGGGACUUGGAAACUAAAUUCUCGGAGCCAUUAGGUGAAGCUGUACAGUUCAGUGCUAUUUUGGAGUUUAUUCAAAAGUAUCAAGUGAAGAAAUUAAGACAACAGCUGCUACUCGAUACUGAUUUGAAAGUUAAAAGAAAAGAUUUGGAAGAACUACUUCGUUUAGAGGAUGAGGCUGCAAGAGUUGAGAGUGGACUGAAUCCGGUAGUUAAGAAUACUAAAUACGAUCUCGGUGCCAAGACCCCUGUCCAAACUCAACCACUAGCAUCCACUAAUUCUAAAUCCAAGUUUAAACUUUUUCCCAGCAUAAAGAAAAUCACACAAUAUGUUUCAGAUAUUAUUGAUCAGAACCCUGAACAAACCCGGAAACAAAAGAUAACCUCACUUCAAACAAAGAUCAAGACUUUGGAAAAAUGUCAGAACAUCAUGCUUGAGGACAUUUCCUACAUCGCCGAUGAGUUAAACAAGAACUUCAAACUUUUCCACUCAAAACAGUUGAAGAUGAUCUAUGAGAUCUUGCUUUCCUAUAACGGAUUUUUAAUUGGCUGGGCCAAGAAAAACAUCGAUAUUUGGGAAGAAGUGAAAGAGGAAGUAAUGAAAUUAUGA